AUGUCCUGCAAACCGGAAUCCAGCGUUCCCCUCGACGGUAUUCCCAAUGGAUUGGGUCCGAUAAACAAACUGUCGAUAGAGCUACUCGGUCUGGUGAUGGAACAAUACCACGAAAUCCACCCAUUGUUUGAUUUUCCAAUAGACAUCCGUCUCGUAUGUCGUACCUGGAACGAGGUCGGCAGACCAUACACAUAUAGAAACGUGAACCUGGUGCACUUCAUCGACAGUGAGCCCGGAGAGUCUCAUCUCUGGGACCAGAAUGAAGCUGCGGAGAACUUCUGUGCGCAAUUGUGCAAGUAUGCUAGUUUCGUUAUUGUCGCCGACCCACGGGUACAACGUCGUGUACCACCCUAUCCGCGCUUUCCUCAAAAGCUAAUUGAUGGACUGCUGGGAAAGACCAAUCCUGCAGAAUACGGAUCCCUUACUCUCGGCACCCAAAGAUUUUCCCACCAAGCGUACAAUUCAAAGGUGAAGAUUGAUGUCAUUCAAGGCAUCGAUCUGAGCAAAGAUUUCAUCGAGAUAUUCCCCAGAGUUUCAGCGAUUGGAAUUAAACACAAUGGAGCAGUGCAUGGAUCGCCAAGAGAGCUCCAGUCUCUACUGAGCAAGGCCAACUCGCUGGAGGAGCUUUCGUUGGGGCUAGCCAAUUGUCAAUUUGAAGAACCGACGCUUAAGAUUGUACCGGUAAGAUGUUUGAGGAUCAACUCUUACUCCUGGGAUGGAAGGCUGGCAUGUGAUCCAUGGGACUUUUCCAGACUUGUAAAAUUGGAACUGUUCAGCAAUUCUAGUAGGUUGGGGAGUUUCCUGAAGUUCUUUUCAGAAGACGAAGGAAGUAAGACACCAGAAUUGAGGGAGGUCAAGAUUAGCUUGACACCAUAUGACACCAACUGCGAAGAAGCUUCGAGGUUGCUGGGAACUUUCGUGGCAGGCUUGAAGAAGCUCAGGAGCUUCGAGACUACUUGUUUCAAGUCCCUUGACGUAAACCGUCUAAUCGUGAAACUCUUACGAUUUGCCGACACGUUAAAAUCGCUUCGUUUAACAAUGGCGAAAAGAAUGUCAAACACCAGUCCUAUUUCGUUCGAUAAUACAACAACUAUCGCCCGCAACUUCACAGCGCUAGAAGAGCUGGAGCUCUUCGUACCAUUUGAAGUUAGAGUAGGCAGUCUUUUUGAGGUAUGCAAACUGCCUCGCUUGGCCGAUCUACGUUUCGAAUACAAGGGGCCAAGUAUCCCACUUGGUGAGGCUUAUGACGCCAAAAGGGAACUUCUCCGUCUUGGUGGUUUAGCUCCCAAAUUAAAAGCUGGAUGUAGUUUGAAGAAUAUGGAGUUGAGACUAUUUGAUGGAGCAAGCCCAUUUGUAACACUUCUUGGGGAUGUGGCAUGGGGGGAUGGUAAGUAUGCUUACCCAUAUAUGAGAAGAUACCUCGUUGACGGUGGCGGAAUUGAAAUUGUCGAGGGGACCGCUGCUUAA